AACCAAUGAACGGAAAGGGGAGAGAUUUAUUUUGCGGAAGGAGAAAAGCUUUUCUGUCUUGCACGGAGCUGGGCGAGUCUUUGCACGAUAAAGCGCUGAUGUGACAGAGAAAGGAGAGUGAUCGGGCUGCUGGAAAGGCAGAGUGGGCAUGGGUGCCCUUAAGGGACAGGAGCAUCAGCCUCCCCAGGAGGUUGAAACCCGAGAAGAUGAGGAGCAAAACAUUAAGCUGAGUGAAAUUUUAGAGCUCUUGGUGGCAGCUGGAUACUUCAGGGCAAGAAUUAAAGGGCUGUCCCCCUUUGACAAGGUGGUUGGUGGCAUGACUUGGUGUAUCACAACAUGCAAUUUUGACAUUGAUGUUGACUUACUGUUCCAAGAAAACUCAACCAUUGGUCAAAAAAUCGCCUUAACUGAGAAAAUCGUAUCAGUCUUACCCAGAAUGAAGUGCCCACAUCGCCUGGAGCCUCAUCAAAUACAGGGACUGGACUUCAUUCACAUAUUUCCAGUUGUGCAGUGGCUGGUGAAACGUGCAAUAGAAACACGUGAAGAAAUGGGAGAUUAUAUUCGCUCAUAUUCCAUAGCUCAGUUUCAAAAGACACACAGACUACCUGAGGAUGAUGACUUCAUGCAAAGAAAAGAGAAGGCUAUCAAAACAGUUAGUGAGAUCUGUGAUGUUUACAAGCCACAAAGGAAAUACCAACGGCAAGCAGGAGCAGAAAAGUUAGUGGAUGAGGAAUCUAAAGUUCAUGCUACACUUUUGGAAUAUGGCAGUUUCAGUGAUUAUUACUUGAGGUAUGGGUUCAGCAAGCAAGUUAAAACUGGGAAGGCCGAAGACAAGAAAAUAGCAGUGCCUGCUGGGCUUUUAUCAGUAGGGAAGACUGAGACCUAUACUGAGGACGACCUCCAAGCUGCGGAAGAGCUUCGUAUCAAAACAUUGAUGACUGAGAUGGCUGCUAUGGGAACAGAAGAGGGCAGACUGACUGCAAGCACUGUAGGACAGAUAGUUGGACUACAGUCUGAUGAGAUCAAGCAGAUCGUCUCUGAGUAUGCUGAAAAGCAAUCAGAACUUGUGGCAGAGGAGCGUCCAGAAAGGCUUGGAGCGGCCCAGCAACACAGAAGGAAGGUGGCAUCUCUGAACAAGCAGAUCCUCCAGAAAACGAAACAGCUGGAUGAAUUGCAGGCUAAAUGUGCAGACCUACAAGCAGAAUGUAGUGAGGCCAAGAAAACUCUCAAUGAGGUUAAGAACCACAGCGAGAAACUGGACAAGGAGUUGGCAGCUUUAGAAAUAGUGGAAUCCCAAGCAGAUUCAAAUGUAUUGCAGAAGCUGCGGGCACUGGUAGCAAUGAAUGAAAACCUCAAAAGCCAAGAGCAAGAAUUUAGAUCACAUUGCAGGGAAGAGAUGGUACGCCUCCAGCAAAACAUUGAACAUCUGAAGGCAGAAGCAGCCGAAAAUGGGGAAGAAAAGGAACCUGCUAAAAUUAUAGACCAACAGUACAAAUCUGAGAGAGAGAAGUUGCAAAAAAUCAGACUCCUUCUGGCCCGGCGAAAUAGAGAAAUAGCCAUUUUACAACGCAAGAUUGAUGAAGUGCCCAGCAGAGCUGAGUUAACACAGUACCAGAAGAGAUUUAUUGAACUUUACGGUCAGGUAUCAGCAACUCACAAAGAAACCAAGCAGUUCUUUACCCUCUAUAACACACUGGAUGAUAAGAAGGUAUAUUUGGAGAAAGAGGUUAGCUUGCUUAACUCAAUUCAUGACAAUUUCCAGCAAGCCAUGGCAUCUUCUAGUGCUCGAGACCAAUUUCUACGGCAGAUGGAGCAGAUCGUAGAAGGAAUUAAACAGAGUCGAAUGAAGAUGGAGAAGAAAAAGCAAGAAAACAAAAUGAGAAGGGACCAGUUAAACGACGAAUAUCUAGAACUACUAGAAAAACAUAGGCUUUACUUCAAAACAGUCAAAGAGUUCAAAGAGGAAUGCCGCAAGAAUGAAAUGCUGCUGGCCAAGUUAAAGGCCAGGAGUUCUUGAAGAAAUUGAGACGCUUGGUUCUUUUGUAUGACUGAGUUCAUUUUCCACAACCUUUUUUCAAGUUGAUCCAUCCAAUGACUAGGAUUUAUUAAUUUUAAAAAUUCAAUGCAGUGUCAUUGCGGUUGGGAAAUACUACUACCUUAGUUGGGAUCUAACUUGAUUUCUUGUGUGUGUGAGUGUAUGUAGUGAAGCCACUAAGAUUGGCAUUCUUAUUUUACUUUCCUGUGCUCUUGUUAACAAGUGAGAAAGAAUACACAUGCUUUAGAAAACAUGUAUUAUGUUUCAAACAGAAAUACAAUAAAUAAUCACUGAACUAAAA